UAAUAUGAGAAUAUUCACUAUUUAAAACGGGUUAUUAUUAAUUUUUUUUUUAAUUAGUUAUGUCCCUGGUGGCUUCUUUCGUUUCAAGUGUUUCAACCGCCCGAUUCAGACUUAAACAUGACUGAGCUUACAAACCAACUGAAAACGCUGUUAAACGACCGGAAAAUCGCCCAAGUUUCCAAUCUAAUACUCAACGAUGAAACCAUGAAGAAUAUAAUUGAAAAUCCUUGGGAUAUCGUCCCAAUUAUCACGGAACAUCUCAACGGAAAAGUUGAACAAUCAGAACCUGAUUUUUUCCUUUCCUGUCAAUCUCUGCUUAUCCAAAUUUGUGAAAAACUCCAACCUGAUGACGCCUUAUUAGUAUUAAUCAAAGAAAUUGAAACAAUCCCACAAGAUUCAACUUUGGUAAUCUUAUUAGUACCCCUAUUAAAAGCUUUGUUGGGGGUUUUAUCAACGAAAAGGAUAAAUUAUUUAGCAUGGUGCUUAAACGCGAUCCAAGUUUACAUCGAUGAGCUCCCAACUCCAGAUAAUUUAAAUUUAGAAGAGGAAGAAAAGUUAAUGAUGGAUGCGGAUCCAACGGUUGCAAGAAUUUCGAAUUUAUAUCAAGAUGUAUUCUCAUUUUACGAAGUUGUGCAUGAAAAAGUGAUGGAUGUUAAUUCGGGGGAUCUUAAAGAGAUCUUAUUGAGGAAUUAUCUCCAAUUAUUAGGAAAACCGUUGGUUUUUUUGGAUAUGCACUUAGAAAAUAAACCAAAAAGUAAAGCUAGAAUGGUAGCUGAAAGGAUUGUCAAUAAAAUACUUGAAAUUGAUUCUAAUAUUUUUGGUUUUUUUAAAAAUGAUUUUAUUAAAAAUCACGAAGACGUUCGGAUAAGAAUAUUAUCGUUAUCGACGUUGUUUUAUUUAUGCCUGGGUGAAGAUUAUGGCUGUAAUCGAAUUCCUUGUGUUUAUGAUAACGUUUAUAUCUUCCAAAACAGUUUAAGAUUUAUUGUAAAACUCUUUGAGUAUGAUAACCAAUUUAUUAUUGAAAAAGGAUUAAAACUCUCCCAAAAUGUAUUAUUAAAAACGAAAAAUUUAACAUUUAAUUAUCACCUUUUAGACUCGAUUUAUCAUUGCAAAUUUUGCCAAAAUUUAUCAACAAUCAUCAUUUAUAACCCUUUAGAAAUUUACCGAAAAACGGGUUUAGAAAUUUUUAAAAAUUAUCUUUAUCGAUUUGAUGAUCGCGGAAGAUACCUCUUAAUUUCGAACAUAAAACGAACGAUUAAUAACACCUCUUUAAACGCGUACAUAACAACUCAAUACAAAGAGAUGCUCGUUGAACAAUUAGAUAAAAAAUCGAUUAUUUCCGAGUAUUUCAAAGACACCAAAUUGCGCUCGUUAUUGAGAGGAUUUUGUCGGCUUGAACACGGAAUUGAAACCGAUUUGAUUAAAGAGGCUGACCAAAUUAUCGCCGCGUUAAAUUUGCUUCGUUAUCUUGCGUUGAGAGAUAAAGAGAAUGUAACGAAUUUUUGGGGUUAUUGCAUAAAGGAGAUUGAAAAUAACUUUUUGGUACCUUUACAAACGGCCCUUUCGAUCUCUCGAGCUCACUACGAAUUAAAAUUGAAAGAAAUUACGUCGGAGAAUGCGCACGGUGAUAAAUUAAGCAACGACAGCGAAGUUUGUGUCAGCAUUGGAGGGAAAAAUCUACCCGAAUUAACGUCCGGCGAAAAAGUUAAAGUUAUUAAUUCGUCGUUAACCGCAUUCGAUGUCAUCGAAAGUUUGUUGUGUAGAGUUAAUGAGUGUUUGGGACUUUAAUUUUUUUUGUAUUGAAAGGAGGAAAUUAAUUUUUUUAUGGAAUAAAAUUAUUGUGUUUAUCUAAA